AGUUCCCCUGGCCCUCGGCUCCAGCCCGCACUUUGGGCCUUUUCUUGUGCCCUGUUUCUUAAAGGCAUGCCGACUACAGCAUUCAAAAAGGCCAUUACUUAACAAAGGGAAAGAGAUAAAUGUAAAUAAGCUCACAAUUUGAGAAUGAGCAGUUUGCAGUAAGAAGCUGCAGCAGCCCAGCGUCUGCUACUUUGUGCUGAGCUAACCUUUCCCUGUUAAAAAAAAAAAAAAUAAUGGAUUAAUAUUGCGCUUCUAAAAUGCGAGUUGCCAGUUUACAUGUUUAUUAGAUAAUUAUCUACAGGCAUGAGCACACUCUCUCAUCCAGCACACUCUUUUUUGGGUGACAAAUGGGAGCAGGUGAAAACAAAGGACAGGAGGGAACAGCUAGUGAGGCCACUGCCAUAGCACCAGUUGAAGGCUGCUGUCAGUGAAAGCCAAGGUGGAAGGAGAAGAAUAACUGAAGUCCAGAAAGGGGCUAUGACUUACUCUCUCACAGUUAGAUGGGGCUGUAUGUGGCUAUAUUGAUUAACACCAACUAUGAAAACUUAUAGGAGGAAAACAUUUCCUACCAGGACCUAGUCUCAGAGUGGUGAACCUUGCUGUCAGCAGGUCUUCUGAAAAAAAAAAAACAAAAACAAAAACAAAAAUAAAAACAAAACAAACCCAUGGGUGACAGAAGAUUCAUUGAUUUCCAAUUUCAAGAUUUAAAUUCAAGCCUCAGACCCAGGUUGGGCAAUGUUACUGCCAAUAAUACUUGCAUUGUUGAUGAUUCCUUCAAGUAUAAUCUGAAUGGUGCUGUCUACAGUGUUGUAUUCAUCCUGGGUCUGAUAACCAACAGUGCCUCUCUGUUUGUCUUCUGUUUCCGGGUGAAAAUGAGAAGUGAGACUGCUAUUUUUAUCACCAAUCUGGCUCUCUCUGAUUUGCUCUUUGUCUGCACUCUACCUUUCAAAAUAUUUUACAAUUUCAACCGACAUUGGCCUUUUGGUGACACCCUCUGCAAGAUCUCUGGUACUGCCUUCCUUACCAACAUCUAUGGGAGCAUGCUCUUCCUCACGUGUAUUAGUGUGGAUCGUUUCCUGGCCAUUGUCUAUCCCUUCCGAUCUCGUACCAUUAGGACCAGGAGGAAUUCUGCCAUUGUGUGUGCUGGAGUCUGGAUUCUGGUCCUUAGUGGCGGUAUUUCAGCCUCUUUGUUCUCCACCACUAAUGUCAACAAUGCAGCCACCACCUGUUUUGAAGGCUUCUCCAAACGAGUCUGGAAGACUUAUCUGUCCAAGAUCACCAUAUUUAUUGAAAUUGUUGGAUUCAUCAUUCCUUUGAUAUUGAAUGUCUCUUGCUCUUCUGUGGUGCUCAGAACUCUUCGUAAGCCUGCUACACUGUCUCAGAUUGGAACCAACAAGAAAAAAGUACUGAAGAUGAUCACAGUGCAUAUGGCAGUCUUUGUGGUAUGUUUUGUACCCUAUAACUCUGUACUUUUUCUAUAUGCCCUCGUGCGUUCCCAAGCCAUUACCAAUUGCUUGUUGGAAAGAUUUGCAAAGAUCAUGUACCCAAUCACCUUGUGCCUUGCUACUCUGAACUGUUGCUUUGACCCUUUUAUCUAUUAUUUCACUUUGGAGUCCUUUCAGAAGUCUUUUUACAUCAAUACCCAUAUCAGAAUGGAAUCCCUGUUUAAGACUGAAACACCUCUGACCACAAAACCUUCCCUUCCAGCUAUUCAAGAGGAAGCUAGUGAUCAAACAACACAGAAUGGUGGUGAAUUAACGCUAGAAUCCACUUUCUAGGUACGAGAAUUGUAUUUAGGUUCAGAUAUGGUUUCUCCUAUGAUUUUUCCAAUGCUAUAAGACAAAAGUGUAGAAGCUGAUGAUAUUGAGAAUAGAUUAAUGUACUAAAUACAGUCAGAUACAUUAAUUUGAAUGUUUACUGUACAUAUGCUGUUUUGUUCAAUAAUUAUAGGUCAGGUCUAAUUACAGCUACCAAAAGGGAUUGCAAAACUCUUCUGGGUUAGAAUUUCAUUAUAUCACGUUAUGUAGGUGAUCAGUGGUCUUAACUUUAGUGAUAUGGAGACAACUUAAAACUUUGAAAAAGAUAUUUCCAUUAUGAUAAUAUUUGGUAAUUGGUUUGGGCCUAUAAGUAUAGAACAAUUUCAGGGAUUAUUAAAAAAUAACCUCUGUGUUACUACUGAUAUAUGCUAGCCUUUUAUUUUCUUUUUUAAAUUUUCAUUGAAUUUAUUUUAGCGUAAGAAUAUAUUUUAACAUAAACAUUAUUGAUAAAAAAGUGUCAAAUUUAAAAGAGCUGGAAAUAUAUUUAUUGUAUAUAUUUUGAAAGCAGGAAAUUAAAAGUAUGUGAAUGUGGGUGAGAACAAACAGAAAAUUAACUGGAUUUUCACAUUUGUUGUCAGUAGCAGUGUUGGUUUUUAGAAACUUUAUUCCUUUUCUAAUACUACAUUAAAAUUUUCAUGUGAAACUUCAAUCAGGAAGCUGCUAGUACCAAAAGAGGUGUAAAGUGGAAAAUCACAAAAAAUAAUGUCCAUAAAAGAUAAGCAACACCAACAUUUUUUUCUUAGGAUGUUGUAUUACCUUUCCUUGGAGAAACUGCUUUCUCUGAAAUAUUUAUUUACCAUAUGAAAUUUUGAAGCACAAUGCAGUUAAAACACUGUUGCAUUUGUGCCCAGAUCACAACCAAAUUGAAAAAAAUUAACAACAAAAUAAUAGUAAAAACUAAAACAGGAAAACAAACAAAAAGUAAGUUCAUAAUAUGCAUUAAUCAUUUUUGUUGUUGUUGUAGGAAAGUAGAGACAUGUAUCUAUAUUUACGAGACAUGUAACUUUAAAUUACUUAUUCUUUCAUAUUAAAUUUUGGAGCACAAUACAAACAGCUGCUGAACUUGUGCCCAAGUCAGGAGCAUAUUGAAAAAAAAAAUAGUUAAGUCAAUACAAACAAAAAAGCCAAAAAAACCCAAAAUAAAAACAUACAAAAUAAUGAAAACAACAAAAAAUAAUACUUAACACUUGCAUUAAAAUUUUAUUUAUUUUUGAAGAUCUUUAAAUUUAAAAAUACUGGGUCAUUUGUAUGAUGUUUUAUUUCAGACAAAAUUUGUUCCUUGACCCUUUUUUUAUUCUCCCAUUGUACCAUAAUAUUUAUAGGUUUAUUUCCCCCAUUGGAGUUUGUUUGUUUUUUCUAAAUUGUGUCCAGAUGAGUUCCAAACUGGAAGAAGAAAAAGCUCAAAACAACCCCCUGCAAAAUAACAACAACCCCCACCAAAAUAGCAUACAAAAAUGUUGACCUUGUAUUUUUGAGUAUCUGUAAAACUUCAAUAAUACUAUAAUUUUCAUUUAUGUUUUAUAUCAAAAUGUAGCUCGGAAGUACUACACUGGUGCAUAGUUCACACAGAAUUGAAAUCAAUAUUUUAAAAGGUACAGAAGAAAACAUUUUUAUAAUUCACUUAACAAAAUCCUGAAAAAAUUCUUACCAUUUAUUGGGUAAAGUGUAGAUUUAAGUACAUUAAAAUUGAUAACUAAAACUUCUGAAAACAAUGUAGCUUGAAAGAUGCUAUAUUGGCACUCAUGUCAAAAGUAAUGGGACCAACUCUCACAUACACACUACACACACAAAAUGAAAAAUUAAAAUACUAAAAAUGCUACAAAACAACAAAAAUAUUCUUAAAAUUUUCAUUAAACAAUUUUAAAAUUAUUUGGAUGAUAUGGUGACUUAAAAAUGCUAAAACUCUUAAAGUAGAUUUUCCAGGUACAGUGCAACUUGCAAGUUGCUGAGCUUAUUCCAGGGAGAGAUUAAAAAAAAAAACAAAAACAUAAAACAUAACAAAAAAGUAAAACUUUUAAAGAAAUAAGCACUUCUUAAAAUUCUCAUUAACUUUUGUUUUUCUUUCUGAUAAAUUUGUAGAUUUAAAAGUAAUAAGAUUCUUAAGUAAAAAUCCAUGAUCAUAGUGAAACUUUAAAAACUGUUAAAUCUGUACCUGCGUUAAGAACUGACUUUUUCAAAAUGUUGAAACAAUAGAACAAUAAUAAAAAUGAAUUUUCAAAAAUGACAUUACUUUUUCCUUUGU